ACCGAUCCCUUAGUAAAGGAUUUUGGCAACCGAUCCUUAAUAAGUCGUCGUCUUCGUCGACAGCCAAGGAUGGACGGAGAUCGCCGGAUCUGACUCGUUCCGGCGGGAGUUUGUUAUGGCUCUCGAGUUCUACACGAUGGUGCUGGAGUCCCGGAGAUUCGGCGGCUCCGGGAUGAGGUCGAUGCAACUUUCACGACUAUCGAUGCUUUCUGGCUUUCUCUCUGUAAUCUCUUCUCCCUCCUUCUCGCCUCCAUCUUCAGAGUUUAUUCAGACAAAGAGACAAGCUUGACCGUGGUUAAGACUCACAACAACAGCAACAACUCAAGCGAGUCCUCUGAUGAUGGGAGUUUUCUGGUUUCGAUCAGCAAGAGAUGCGAUUAUUUAUCCGACAAAAGCAUCAUUUGUUAUGUAGAAGAACCUAAAGCUUUCCGCUUUGUUUUUCAUGAUUAUUACUCCUCUCCUAUACAAGAGAAGAUGAAGAUGAUAACUUUCUCUGAUGAAUCGAACACGAGUUUUGUUCUCGAGAAACCGUUUGUAGUUGAGGACAACAAGUUGAAGAUAUCACUGUCGGAAGGUUGUUUUAUAAAGGAACACGUGAAGGAAGAGAUGUUGAUUUACAAGUUCAUGAGUUGUGGUGUCUUUAUGUUGGUUUACGAGUUCAUGAGUUGUGGUGUCUUAAAAGGACUAUUAGCUCACAAGCGAUCAUUUUCUAUUAACAUUCAGCUAAUUAUAGGCGCCGCUCAUCGUUUCCUUUGGUUUCAAAUGUUAAUAGCAAAUGAUCUCUCAGUGUUAUGUGCAUGUUUAAAACGAGUGCUUAUGUGUUGUUGCUGUUCUUGUUUCAUGACAGAGAAGAUUCUGGCAAAGGCAGCAGAGAAGUCGCAAGUGGUCCCUGGUGAUAACAUUUUGGGUUAACGUUGAUGUUCUUAUGACUCAUGAUAUCUGUGGCCCUGGUGCUUUUGGUAUCUUCAAGAGAGAGUUCGGUGACAAGGCUAAGGUUUGGGAUUCAGAGAAGAUCGUUGUUAUACCAGACCAUUACAUAUUUACAACUGAUAAGCGUGCAAACCGCAACGUGGACAUUAUGAGGGAGUACUGCAGGGAACAGAACAUCAAGCUAAUCCUGACUACAAAGGUGUUUGCACAAGAAGGUCAUUGCAGGCCAGGAGAGAUUUCUUCGUGAUGAAUCAUAUCCAACAUUUAUAAAGGAUCGUGUCGAGUAUUGGAUCUUCUGUUCCAUCACCACCAAAUGACAAUACACGUCGUUGAGGUUUCCCGAGUCACCCCCGCUCCUGACUCGGACUCGGUCCUAAACUCAGCCAACUCACUCACCAUCCCGUUGACUUUCUUCGAUCUACCAUGGCUAGUGAUCAACCCCGCCAAGCGAGUCUUCUUCUACAGACUCACCGAGUCGACUCGCGAGCAUUUCCGCUCCUCCAUCCUCCCUAAGCUCAAGCUCUCCCUUUCCCUCGUCCUCCGCAACUACCUCCCUCUCUCCGGCCGCCUCAUCUCCCACCCAAACGAGCCCAAACCGAGCAUCGUCGUCUCUCCAAACGACGUCGUUUCGCUAACCAUCGCUGAAACCGACGCAGACUUCUCUCUUCUCUCCAGCUACGGACAACGUCCAGCUUGGGAGUUGCACACUCUCAUACCCGAGCUACCUGUUUCCGAUGACUCAGCAACCGUCUUAUCCCUUCAGAUCACGUUGUUCCCGGGCCAAGGAUUCUCCAUCGGCGUCGCCGCACACCACGCCGUUUUAGACGGAAAAACGUCAACCAUGUUCGUCAAAGCUUGGGCUCACACGUGCAAACGAGAGAACACAGUCGUCGCCCCUCUACCGGAGACUCUAACUCCGUCUCUCGAUCGGUCGCUGAUCAAAGAUACAACCGGACUCGAUGAGCAGAUGCUCAAGAUCGUGAGAUCUCUCAACGACGGCGGCAGAAUCGCCGGGAGCAGAAGAAACCUGAGUUCUAUUCCCGCUUGGGAGCGGGGAGACGACGGCGUCUUCGCCACGCUCGUGCUGUCGCGCGGCGACGUCGAGAAGCUCCGGGAGCGAGUCAAGAACGAGUCGCCAGAUCCGAGUCAGCUUCUUCACCUGUCCACUCUCGUCGUCGCCUACGCUUACGUGUGGACGUGCCUCGUGAAGGCGCGCGGAGGAGACAUGGAGAGGCCCGUGAGUCUCCUAUUCGUCGCGGAUUUCAGAGAGCGGCUCGAUCCGCCGCUUCCGGCGACUUACUUCGGGAACUGCAUGUUUCCGGCGGGUUGCUUCAACAGCAAGACGGCGGGGGAUUUUUCUGGAGAGGGAGGUUUUGUAGCGGCGGUGGAGAUGCUCAGCGGUUUGGUGAAAGGGUUGAGUUCAAGGAAGAUAGAGACUAUAGCGGAAGAAUUCAAGAUUGGUUUUGAUUGCGUGGGUGUGACGUCACAGUUGGGGUCGUUAGCCGGGUCGACCCGGUUGGGUGUAUACGAGUCGGAUUUCGGGUGGGGAAAACCCGUUAAAGUUGAUAUUGUCUCCAUUGAAAGAAACACAAUCUCAAUGGCAGAGAGACGUGACGAAUCAGGUGGCAUCGAACUCGGACUGUGCAUGAAUAAGGCUGAAAUGGACAUUGUCCUUGCUUUGUUCAACAGUGGUUUACAGAACUAAACUCUGUUUUGUCUCCUACAGAAUUUCAAAUAAUGUUAAGUUGCUUCUUGUUUCUUGUGAUACUUUGGUUAGAGCAUCUCCAAGUCCUUAUGA